AGAGGUUACUUUAAACUGUACACAGGACAUCAGCUCAUUCUUCCACCAGACGAAUCCACAGCGGCGGAGGACUCGACGCUGAUCCUGGACCAGCCUUUAAACGAGGAUCGUUGUUUUUCUUCUCCUCCUCCUUCUUCUUCUUCUUCUUCUUCUUCUUCUUCUUCAGCCCGGUGCUCAACGUCUUCUGUCGGGGGAGGAGUUCCGCGUGAACCCUGAGUGACAUGUCUUGGUUCAGGCGAGGGCUGUGCUUUCUGCCGGUGUUCCUGGUCAUCUGGUCCUCCAGCACGUUCAUUGUCACCUACCUUAUUGCGCUUUUCAGACGCGACGUCGACAUCAUCUUUCCAUACAUAAGUGACACAGGUGCAAACCCCCCGGAGAGCUGCAUUUUUGGCCUGAUGACGUUCAUUUCUGCGUGCGCAGGAACCGCCACCAUAUACGCCCGCUACAAGUUCAUGGAGAAGCUGAGUGCGACCACAAACGUGGUGAACUCUCAUCUCAAUAAAACCGCCUUUGUUUUUGGGAUGUUCUCCUGCCUGGGCAUGUGCAUUGUCGCCACGUUCCAGGAAACAACAGUGACGGUCGUCCACGACAUCGGCGCUCUGAUGUUCUUCGUCUCCGGCGUCUUGUACAUCAUCCUCCAGUCUGUGAUAUCGCACCGGGCCUAUCCGGUCGGGUCCUCCAUGGGUGUGUGCCGAGUACGUUCGGGUGUCGCCACCCUCGCCUUUUUGGCCUUUUUCCCCACUGUCAUCUGCGCGUUCUUCGUGACACAAAACACACUGCACAGAGACAAAGGAGACGAGGACUAUCCCUACCAUGUAGCCAGCGCUGUGUGCGAGUGGAUCGUCGCCUUCAGCUUCAUCUGCUUCUUCCUCACAUACAUUGACGAUUUCAAGCUGUUCACCUUACGAGUGAAAAUAGAAAGCGAGGAGUGACCUUGACGAGUCUGCAAACUGCCAGCGAAAUCACCAUUUUUUCACCUUUUCAAAAAUGUGCUGCUUUUGUUUUUGUAAAGCUUUUUAUGCUUUUUUUGUACAUUUUACACUGCGAAGCUUUUGUAAGAUUUUUCUCUUUUGCAUAUCCUGACUGAAUUUAUUGGUGGAUUGCAGUUGGUGCAUUGUUAUUUAUACACUUUAUGAAGAAUCGGUCAUAGCAGGAACCAAACUGGUCACAGCAUGUGUCUUUAUACUUUUUUAUACGCGCUCGCGUCAUUUUUUAAAUACUUUUUUAUACUUAUUAUGUGCUGGGUUCAAACACAGCUUUGCACUUUGCUCUUUGAUCGUGUUCAACCUGCAACGCCAGCGUGACACGCCGAGUCCCGUCAGACCUGUGACAAGUAAAAAAAGAGAAGUUCAAUGAGCACACUGAUACCUUCUGGAAGUAACCAGAAGCCUGCCUGAAAUAUUACUUCAAAUGGGAAUAUUAUUCAAAUACUAGCAGUAGUUCCUUAACCAAAGUUGUAAAUAUUUGUUACUCAUUUUCCAAUGUUGUUGUCUUUGGAGCCCUUUCUGUAUGCCCUGCUCCACAUGGUCUUUACUGUAUGCUGCUCAUGGUGGUUCGACAGAUCAAUAACGCCUUUUAUUUAGGGACAGAGGUUUCUAGGAUCUCACAUGUAAAAUGUAAUCAGCUGAAAAAUACAAUUAAUUUGAGUAUCAGAAUUAUAUAUAUAUAAUUUUUUUUUAAAGUUGAUUAUUACAGAUUUUUAAUGGUGCAAGUAACUCCACGAGGACACUGAGACACAUUUGUGAAUGUGGAGCUCAUGAAUAAAAUGGACUUGACGCAUGAGAAAGUGAAAUCAAUACUGUGUAUAAUAACGUCAAGCUGCUCGAGAUGUUUUAUAAUUACCAUCAACAUAUUCCAUGUCACAUGCUGGGAAGGCUUGUGACACCUUGUAUGCUGAGAAAAGUGUUUGUGUCACAGCGUUGGCCAAAUUAAAGAUCACUAUCACGUUUGAGUAUCUGCUGAUGUAUUUCACUGGCCAGUACUGUUGGAGGGUCUCUUCGUAGAUGAAUGGUGAUUAGGAGAUGGGACUAUCAGGCUGUGGUCACAUGAAGUUAUUCACUUUGGGGAUUUAUUUGUAUUCUUCUGACAUAAUGUACUGCACAGAUCACGGUGCCAUGCUGAGCUGAAAAAAAUUAAAGAUACACUUUUCUUUA